UUGGCUUCCUAUGACACUAGGCCUGCUGCGUGGACGCCUGCUCGAGUGCAAAUACAUCCUCCGGACUCCAUCGAGCUGUGUUACUUCGAGGCCAAGGAGAAAGUCCAUGCUAAGAUUGACCUUAAGGAAAAUGAACUAAACACUUGGCUANUCAACUUGAUAGAAGAAUUCAUCAAGACAUUUUCCUGUGGCAUUAAAUCUUAUUUUCUAUUUUUCCUCUCAGAAAAAAAAGGCUCAAGAAUCACAUUGCAGUCCCCAAACUCCUGGGAAGAAUUUUGUGUGACAAUGAUGCUGCUUCAAGUUAGUCUUUUACCUCUAUGCAUCUAUGCAACUCUUGAGAUACUGUGUGAUGCUUGA